AUGCCUCCGCAACACGUUGAAAUUGCAGAGACAAUCGCUGCUCUCAGAAGGACUCUGCGACGCGAGAGAGAAGCUCCUACAGACCAACCUAUCUCUUCGGCAACGAACAGAGGAAACAAGUUGAAACGUGGAGCAAACUACGUACACGCGGGUGCUCUCCCUUAUCUCCAUGGUCCAGACGGUUACAAGCAGAAAAUUGAACACGCUGGAUAUUCGCGAUACAUCUUGGACUAUAAUCCAAAACGAUACAAUGAAUAUGGCGACGAACUGGAAGAUAGCGAAAGCGACGCUGAAGCAGAUGCCGACGCCGAAGACGAGAACCCGUAUAGCAAUGUUCGCAUCGAGGAGCUUUUGUGUCCCCUGAAACAUCCAUCCGAUCUUGCAAGGCACCCGACCUUGUCCCUCCCGUUCCUCGAUAGUGCCCUUCCUGACAUGGUGAAGUCGACAGAGGACAAGCUGCGGCAAGAGAGGGUUAAUCUUUGGCGCGCCAAAAACCUAAGCAGACAGUUCAUGGGUGAUGAGUCGUGGAUGCCUUGCGGUAGAAUGGAGGUUAAUGACGACUGGGACAUGUUCGAACCAAAGCCAAGGUCGACUACGCCGUGCGCAAGCAAGAAGCGGAAACGAAAUACUGAAAAUGAAGCCGCCCCAAACGGUAUAAAUGGACAUGACUACAGUGACGUGGGUGAGAAUGGUUUGGCUAUGCAAGAUGCCGUCGACGCCCAGUUAUCAAAUCCUGAAGAACAGGCGGAAUCACAUUCCAAGAAGACAGGCAAGUCUGAACGAGAAUUAGAGACGGAAACCGAACUGGGUGCGACCGAUGGAGUAGACGUGACUGAAAGAGGCCCGGCCACCACAAACGGGGUUCAUACCAACGAAGAUGCUCACACAUCCCAAGGUGAACCGGGGGAGAAAAAGGCCAAAGAGAAUAAUGCGCUGGAAUCGAAAAGCGGAGCACCAGAGAGUAUGGAAGUAGACACAGAGGGUCACGGCAAUGAUGGCGCAUCCGAAGACGACACAGAACAACCACAACCAACGCGGAGGAUUACUCGAUCACUUGCAGCCGAGCACAAUAGCUCAAACGCCCCCACUCCUCUAUCACGGCGCUCGACCAACUCCUCCAUCGACUCCUCGCUGCUGCAAGCUGAUCCGUUGUUCCUCCUCCCUCCGUCACUAGCAGCCAACCAUCGAGCGCCUCGCAAUCUAUCCCGACUUGGACUCCCUGUCGAAGAGUUUAUCGAAACACGGCGCCUCCUGAUGAUGUUCAUUCAAAAACAAGAAGAGAGUGUUCGGGGGUAUGAAGCCGUGCUGGCCAAAUUAAUCAAAGCGAAGAGAAUGCGGGAUAAUGUCUGGGACUGGUGCAAAACUGAGGGACAUGUAGGGGAGUGGUCUGACGGAGAAGACUGGAUUGACGCCGAAGCUUGGGGCCUCGCACCUGAUGAACUCAAAAAAGGCAAAGAUGAGGAGGAGGUUGAGGGAGCGGAAGAAACGGGGAGAAAAGGGAAGAGGAGGAGGCGAGAUUAG